GCGACCGAUACUUCACGUAACGUGUAUCAUAGGUGACUAAGUAGGACAACGAGUACUGUCCUAAGCAGGUAAGAAUCUGUUGUCCUAGGUGAGCGACGAGACGCGACAUGAAGGGCCAUGACACGACAUAAUGCGACCGCUACUUCACGUGACGUGUCAUACUGACUACAUAGACCUAGUCUACAUCGCAGCAAGUGGCCUCAGGCAUGGAGUACCUGGAGUCCAAGCUGCUCAUCCACCGCGACCUGGCGGCGCGCAACGUGCUCAUCGGCGAGAACAACGUCGCCAAGAUCUGCGACUUCGGGCUCGCGCGCGUCAUCGAGGACAACGAGUACUGUCCUAAGCAGGUGAGGAUCCGUUGUCCUAAGUGAGCGACGCGACGUAAUGCGACCGAUACUUCACGUAACGUGUAUCAUAGGUGACUAAGUAGGACAACGAGUACUGUCCUAAGCAGGUAAGGAUCCGUUGUCCUAAGUGAGCGACCAGACGUAAGGCGACCGAUACUGCACGUAACGUGUGUCAUAGGUGACUAAGUAGGACAACGAGUACUGUCCUAAGCAGGUGAGGAUCCG